GGAUGAACACACACUUCCUGCUGUAAGCUACACAACAAGAGAUCCUGAAUACAUAAGUUCAUGGAGCGGCUGACUUUAAGAACUUGUAGAAGAGACUCUGGUGAAGAUUCUGACACUGGUCCAGAUGGGAGGAACUGGAGAAGACGGAGAAGUGGAGCCAGUGACAAUGGGGAAGAAAUAAAUUGGAGAAGAAGAGAAAGUCGUGGGAGUGAUCAAGGUCACAGGGAGAACAUAGAAAAAAGAGGAGGUGAAGGGAUGCGAGGGAGAGGCAGGGGAGGGAGAGGGAGAGGAGAGAGGGAUGAAGGACUGAGAAGGGUUUUAGCAGAUAAGGCUGAUUGGAGAGGAGGUAGAGGAGAGCAGAGAAGCCUCAGUGUGGGAGCGAGACAGAAGGAGAGGCAGGGAUUGAACACGGGUCAGGGUUUGGGCUUCAAAACACUGGAGGCGCUUUCUAAAGAAGAGCCGUCUGUCGUGGCUAUCACCCUCUCCUCGAAGUCGGCCCUUCAACAUACGCUGGGUGAGACAACAAUGAGGCAGGACCUGUUGGAGCUCCUCUGUCUGGUGCUGAGUAAAGCCUUCAAAGCACACACAGACAGAAGUACGUUGCAGCACCUGGCCGGCCACAUCAAAGAGUCUGGGUUCCUCCGAAGCGUCGUGCCCAGCUAUCUGGCAGGGAUGAUGACAGAGUCCGAUUCUGUCCGCAGAGACAAAUAUCCACAACAUAUAGAAAACAUCUUGGCUGUUCUGUCAGAGGUGCUCAGCAUCUUCCCUGCUAGCUCCGUCCAGACAGUGAGUAUGAUUCUGACGCUCCUCCAAGCCUCCAUCAACCACCUGAGGACUUCAGGAGUUGACAUCCAGCCAGACAUUGAGCAGAGCAUGGAGAAAAUUCAAGACCUGGUCAAGCACCUCCAGGAGAGGUCCAGGGAUGGAACCCUCCGCUCUGACAAGGACAAGUAUGCUCUUCUCACUGGCAAUGAUAAUCCAGAUGAUGAAGAUGUUCAGGAUUUCAGAACCAUAUCCAUCUACCCAACGCCUGAGGAUUUCCAACAAGAGCAAAGGCCCUUCCUGAGACCCAACCUCACCUCUAAGAGUUACACCAACACCCACCUUUACCUCGACACUCACUUCCGGCUGCUGAGGGAGGACUUUGUGCGGCCGCUCCGGGAGGGGAUCCAGCAGUUGCUGCAGAACCAGAUGGAAGUGGGAAGAGGAAACAAUCGACUGAGGGAAAAGCGCUUUGACGAUAUCCGAGUGUAUUUCAACACAAAACUGGUGGAUUGCAUGUGCACGCCAACUGGUUUAGUCUAUGUUGCCAAGUUUGAUGUUCAGCCCCUUCAGUUUGUCUGCUGGCAGAAUUCCAAGAGGCUCUUGUACGGCUCCUUGGUGUGUCUGUCAUGUGAUAAUUUUGAGAGCUUCUUGUUUGCUGCGGUGUCAGACCGCAAUCCUGAAAACCUGAAGAAGGGACUGGUCCAGAUUGCUUUUACAGAAGAAAGCAGACACAAGCUGGCCCAAAUUGAGUCAGACCAGCUGUUCCUGAUGGUGGAGACCACUGCCUACUUUGAGGCCUAUCGAUAUGUUCUUGAGGGCCUACAGGAGCAGGAGGAAGACAAAUUGCCUUUUCAGAGGUAUAUCGUGGAUUGCAAUACAGAUGUUCAACCUCCAGCUUAUCUGGUUGAAGGAGAUACUUAUAAUCUGUCAAGCAUCGCAGCUUCUGACAAUACAGUCAAACCAUUUCACAUCCUGCAGCCUGAUGCCUGGCCUCCAAUGGAGAUCCUGGGGUUUGAUGAUUCUCAGAUGAAAGCCUUCCAGUUGGCCCUCACUAAAGAGUUGGCCAUCAUACAGGGACCUCCUGGCACCGGCAAAACCUACGUUGGACUUAAGAUUGCAGAAGCCCUGUUGACCAAUCAGAAUCUUCAGCACAAAAGUGCUAAUUCUUCCCCAAUGCUGGUUGUGUGUUACACUAAUCAUGCGUUGGAUCAGUUCCUUGAAGGUAUCCAUAAAUUUCUGCAAAAAGGGAUCGUGAGAGUUGGAGGUCGCAGCAACAGUGAGGUCCUCAAACGUUUCAACCUGAGGGAGCUGAUUCAGUUACCUUGCUUCAGAGAUUCGCGGCCGCGUCACCUGGGCGCGGCAUAUGGCCAGAUUAUGCAGGAGCUGCGUGAUGAGGAGGUACACAUCCUGAGUCACAGGACACAGCUGAAGUGUUCUCAUGAAGGCAUCGUCCACGAGUCCUUCCUAACAAAGCAUAUGUCAAUCACCCACCGGAAAAGUCUACAAACUAUCAUGGACAUCUACUAUGAUCCCAGAAAGAAGAACCAAAGCAUCAUGACGGAGUGGUUGGGUUUGGGUUUCACAGUCUUCCUGCAGAGGGAGACAGAGGAUGCAACGAAAACUGAACCAACGGAGAAAGUCACAGAAGACGACGAUGACCUCAUUGAAAUCUCAGAGAUGGCAGAUCUAAUUGAGCGCGAGCGAUAUAUUGACGACAUCAUUGAGAACGGAGGCAAUAAGUUUGAGCAGAGACAAAAAGAAAAGGAGAUGUUUGUCAAAAAACUCCAAGAACGCGUACUGGCUGUGAACCUGGAUGAAGCUGAAAUAGAGGCUGGGCAGAAUGUUGAGGCUGGGCAAGAUAGCGGAAAUUUUCAGAUUCAAAGGCAUCAGAAGAGAAGGAUGAUGAAACGAAUUAAAGACAAUUUCAAAGAGACCUCAGUUAUGACCGAACAGGAAGAGAAAGCCAUUGUUAAUGUUUGGACUCUGAGCUUACCAGACAGAUGGAGACUCUACAGGUUGUGGGUGACACGCUACAGAACAGAACUGCGCACCAAAGCUCUGGAGUCUGAACAGGCCUACCAGAACACUGUGAACAGACUGGCAGACAUAAAACGUCACGACAGCCUCUGUGUCCUCAAGAAAGCCACGGUGAUCGGCAUGACGACGACAGGCGCCGCUAAGUUCCGUAAGGCUCUGCAGGAGGUGCGCCCACGUCUGGUGAUUGUUGAAGAGGCUGCAGAGGUUCUCGAGGCUCACACCAUCACCACACUGAGCCAAGCGUGCCAGCACCUCAUCCUCAUCGGAGACCACCAACAGUUGCGUCCCAGUGCCACAGUGUAUGAUCUCGCGAAGAACUUCGACUUGGAGAUGUCCAUGUUUGAGAGGCUGGUUAAGAUGAAAAUUCCUUUUGUCAGACUCAACUUCCAGCAUCGUAUGAGGCCAGACAUUGCCCGUCUUCUGACUCCACACAUCUACUCUGAACUGGAAAACCAUCCGUCUGUGCUGACAUAUGAAAACAUCAAGGGUAUCAAUACCAACUUGUUCUUUGUGGAGCACAACCACCCAGAAGAAGAAAUCAAAGAUGGCAAGAGCCACCAGAACAAACACGAGGCCUUGUUUGUUGUUGCUCUUUGCCGCUAUUUUCUCUUGCAGGACUACGAACCAGAACAAAUUACCAUCCUCACAACCUACACGGGUCAGCUGCACUGUCUGCGCAGGCUUAUGCCAGCUAGACAGUUCACAGGUGUCAAAGUGCAUGUAGUAGAUAAGUACCAAGGGGAAGAGAAUGACAUUGUCCUGUUGUCUCUGGUCCGCAGCAAUGCACAGGGCAAAGUUGGUUUUUUGAAGAUAGCCAAUCGUGUCUGCGUAGCAUUGUCACGUGCCAAGAAGGGUCUUUACUGCAUCGGCAACAGCGAAAUGUUGGAGCAAGUCAAGUUAUGGAGCAACAUCUUCUACACAUUGAGGGAAAAGGGUCAGAUUGGAAAUGCUCUCACCCUGUCCUGUUACAACCACCCAAACAGAGAGGUAAACGUUGCUUGUGCAGACGAUUUCAAACAAGCCCCAGAGGGCGGAUGCACACAGCCUUGUGAGUUUCGUUUGGACUGUGGCCAUGUAUGCACGAGAGUCUGUCACCCUUAUGAUGCAGAGCACAAAAUGUACAAGUGUGCAAAAAAAUGUCCGAAUAUUUUAUGUGAUGACAGACACCAGUGUCCAUUUGUCUGCCAUAAAGAAUGCCCAAAGAAAUGUCCAAUUGAAGUGGAGAAGGUCAUACCACAGUGCCAACACAAACAAAUGGUCCCUUGCCACCAGGACCCAAGCAUGUUUGAAUGCAAGGAGCCUUGCCAGAAAAUGCUGGAGUGUGGCCACCCAUGUGAUUCAUUCUGUGGAGCACCAUGCCCUGUUAGAUGCCUGGUCAUCGUCACCUUAAAUCUAAAAUGCGGACACACCCAAGAAGGUGCUUGCUUCUACCAACAUUCUGAAAGUGACCCACCAUGUCAGACCGCAUGUAAGCAUCAACUGAAAUGUGGCCACAUGUGUCACGGUACUUGCCACAGCUGUCAUCAGGGACGCUACCAUAUUCCAUGUUGUCAUCAGUGUAAACAUCUCCUGAUUUGUUCCCAUCAGUGCAAGGAGAAUUGCACUCGUGAUUGCCCCCCAUGUCAGAUGCCAUGUGAGAAUCGGUGCUUCCACAGUAAGUGCAUGAAUCGAUGUGGGUACCCCUGUGCUCCCUGCAUGGAGCCUUGUGAAUGGAGCUGCCCUCACCAAACCUGCAGUAAGCUUUGCCAUGAGCCUUGUGAUCGUCCACCAUGCAGGAAACCCUGCCUCAAGAUCCUGAAAUGUGGCCAUCCGUGCAUUGGUCUGUGUGGAGACAAAUGUCCAAAUAAGUGUCGCGUCUGCGACCAUGAUGAGGUUACAGAGAUUUUCUUUGGAACAGAGGAUGACCCUGAUGCAUUCUUCAUUCAGCUAGAGGAUUGUGGACAUAUCUUUGAGUCUACAGGCAUGGACAAAUACAUGGGAAUUGAUGACAGCCAAGAGGCAACUGAAGAAGAGGAAGUUGUCAUAAAGCUAAAACAAUGUCCCCGAUGUCUAACUCCAAUCCGCAAAAAUCUUCGCUAUGGAUCUCAAAUCAACCGGAGUCUGGCUGAGAUUGAGAUGGUAAAGAAGAAGAUAAAUGGAGAUCCAAAAGAUAUUCAAGAGAACAGAUUGGCCCUCAAAAGGAAGUGGGACCACAACAGGCUCAUCAGUGGAAUGAAGUGGAUAUCUGGAUAUAUGCACAUUGAAAAAUUACUAGAAAAAAAACAUCUCUCAGAAAAUGACCUGUGGGUGCUGGAAAACAAGAUGGAUUUCCAAAUAAAACUUGCAAAGUUAGAGAAGAUGUACGAACAUAAAGUCGUCACUCGUACCCUAGGCUUCAGGAAACAGAUUGUUAGACCACCAGUCAGGACAAACUUCAGAUUUCAGAGAAAAGUUAGAGAGUAUCAGGGCUGGCUUAAUCACCACGAGCAAAGGUUCACAGAUCAGCAGCUCUUUGAUUUGCAGAGGGAGCUGAUAAGACUCACCCUUUUGGCUGAACUAGAUGCCCAUUACCACGUGGCAGAAACAAGGGGAGAAGGUGAAAAAGUGGAAUCUGACACGCAAGCCAUAAGAGACACCUUGGAAAAAAGUGGCCAGUUCACAGAAGAUGAUGAAAGCCAACUGAAAGAUGCCUUGCAGGAACUGAACAAACGGUUCCCACUCGCAAGCCUGGCCAUCAGUGACGACGAGAGGAAGAUGAUCGUGUCGGCUAUGAAAAUGCGCCCGGGGCACUGGUACAAAUGUCCAAAUGGCCAUGUGUAUGUCAUAACAGAGUGUGGAGGGGCGAUGGAGAAACGACAGUGCCCUGAUUGUGAUGCGACUAUUGGUGGGAGCAACCACGCUCUGGUCAGUGGGAACCAAGUUGCCACAGAGAUGGACGGGGCACAGCAUGCUGCUUGGUCUGAAGCCAACAACCUUCUUAACUUCGAUGAGUUUGACUUCUGAAAUCCAUCUUAAAGAAGAUUUUGAGUCUAAAUUGCUGCAAAGUCACUGACAGAGAUGGGACUUUGGUUCACCAUCUACAAGAAUAUGGAAUAUACAAACAAGAAAUAUGUACACUUACUGGCCUCUUACUGGUGCACAUGUUCAACUGGUCAUUUAAGCAAAUAUGUAAUCAACCAAUGAUGUGACAGAAACUAAAAUUAAUCUUGGCAUGACAGUGUGGUCAAGAAAAUCCACUGAAAUACAAGCCAAGCAUCAAAACGAGGACAAAAGUAGAUUUACAAGAGUUUUUAUUGCCAGAUGGGCUGGUUUAUUUCACAAACUGCUCACUGUCUAUGAUUUUCACAUGCAGACAUCUCCAGGGUCGUUACAGAAAAGUCCAAGGUUCAAAGCCCUUGUUGAUAGCAAUUAAGAAAGGCCAAACUGAUUUGAGCUGAUAGAAUGAUGCCUCUCGCUUCAACCAAGGUGUAGAAGAGCAUUUAUGAAUGUCCAAGAUGAAGAACCUUGAAGGAGAUGAGCUACAGCAACAGAAGACCACCCUGGGUGUCACUCUUGUCAGCUUAGAACAAGUAACUGAGGCUACAGUGGGCACUGACUCACCAAAAUUGGACAAUGGAAGAUUGA